AUGGCAACUACCACGCAAGCGCCCUCCCUCCGCGUUUCCCGCGUUAGCUCCUGUCUCCACCGCAGCACUGCUUCCUCGUCCCGCCGCUCGAGCCGCCUCCGCCCCUGCUCGUUCUCUCCUCUUCUGCUUGCCCCCCUCUCUGUGACAGUUCCGCGCACCCCCGAACUCCGCGCGCGGUUUCUCCGCUGGUCUGUCCGCGCAAGCGGGGGGAGCAGCUGGAGAACCACGAAAGUCCCAUCAGACGAUGUGGCUGCAGCGAUUUCGUCGAGGACAAACGCAUCCAGUUUAGGGCCGAGCGGGGAGGAGCAAGGGGCGGAGAGCGUGGGAAGCGGAGAGAUCGACUCGCGGGGAGAGAGAGACCCGUGGGGACGGGGAGAACCUUCGGGAGAGAGAGAACCGCUGGGAGAGACAUACCCGCGGGGGGAGAGAGAGCAACAGCGUGGAAAUGCGGGGGAUUGGGUGUCGUCGUCGGGGGAGUGGCGGUUGUCGACUGGCGGUACUAGCAGCAGUCAAGGUCUAGAUUAUGAUUUCGACCCGCUAAGUAGCAAAUCUGGUUACCGUUAUAAUUACCACACAGGCGACGAAGACCCAGAAGCUAGUAUCGACGCCGCAAAAUCUUACCCACCGUCCCCCCGUUCCGCUAUUCCCCCGCUCCCUCUACCCCGCACUCCGCCCACUCCCGCACUCCCCCGGUCGUCUCCCCCGCAACCGCGCCAGUCCUUCCCGCCUCCCCCGCGCUCUCCACCCCCUCCUCCCCUUCCUUCUCCCCCGCCGCCCCCCCGGUCGUCGAACCCGUUCGCGGCGGUGAGCAAGUUCGCGUUAGCGGGGGUGUUCUUACUGGGGAUAGGCGCGGGCGUGUCGGUGGACACGGUGCUGAACGUGGAGCCCAGCAACGUGGCGUCGCGGGAGGUCAUCGACCGCCAGACGCCCAACCCGGACAUCUGCCUCGCCAACGGGAUGAGCGCCAUGGUCCUGGACCAGCGCCUCUUCAUCUCCUUCAAUCCCUUCAACGUGUAUGUGUCCCAGGCAGAGGUGAAACCAGGGUGUGUGCUGCGGCAGAGCAACUGGCACGUGCUCGAGUCCAAGGGCCUUGUGUCAUCGGAUGAAGUGCGCGACUGCAAGCGCAACAUGAACACGUUUGGAUUUGUGGGCGAUUUGAGGGAGUCCCCGGAGGUGUCAUGUGUGUACCACAGUGAGACGGCGGAGAAUCUGUUUUUGGAAGACGCGAGCAAGUCGAAGAUUCGGAUUGGGGGAAGUCAGUAG